CAAACAGGGCUCUCCGAUUCCCAGUCCCAGAUCGGCUCUCCCGUCCCGUCCCAAAGCUUCACCGCUCCAAAACCCAUUGCUGCAAACCGUCGAACACCUCGCCCGCUAAAACUCUAACGCCUCGACCCCGAGUCUGCGCCCCCGUGAAAUGGUCUCCAUUGCAGCCGCGGCGGCGGCCGUGGGUGUGCUGCUGCCGUUCCCGUUCUACUAUGCGCUGUGGAUCCACCCGCAGCGGUGGAUGGACCUGUGCGGCCGCGGCGCCGAUCCUUGCCGCCGCAUGGCGCAGGUCUCUCACGCCAUCAAGGCACUCCAGCUCCUCGCGCUCGCCUCCGUCGCGUCCUUCUCCUGGCCCCCGCCGCUCUACUGCCCCCUCCUCCUCGCCGUCGGCCAAUACCUCAACUUCAAGGUGUACCAGUUGCUUGGUGAAUCUGGCACCUACUACGGCGCCCGAUUUGGAAAGAAGAUCCCUUGGGUGACAGAGUUCCCCUUUGGUUAUAUUAAGGACCCGCAGUAUGUUGGUAGUAUGCUUAGUCUUGUCGCUCUGCUGUGCUGGGUUCCCUUCCCGUAUGUGCUUCUGUGGUGUCUUGGCUACGUUUUCAUGAUUUGGGUGGAAAGCAAGGAAGAUCCUGCCACUCGUGCUAAGCCGCUCUCCUGAUUAUCUAUUUGCUGCAGCAGAUGAUUCUAAGUUUAUCUUCCUUAGUAGUUCCUUGAGAUGUCUCGGUGACAAACACAUAAACUUGCUUUUAUCAAUUUUGGUGGUGAAUGUUUGCUGAAAUGUUAUAUGCAUGGAUUUUUCGCCAUGUAUCAGAAUACUGUGCUGCCCUCCAUUCUUCAGUAAUUCUGUCAUUCAACAAAUAUCU